AUGGCGGAUCAAGUCGACGCUGAGGUACCUGCCGCCCCGAUUAACGUGAUUUUAGGAAAGUCGACAUUGCUGGCACGGGUGGUUGCCUUUGUGGGCUCUGUAGAUACACGAGUGCUUGUGUGCUUGAACCGCAAUUGGGCCAGGGAAAUGAUGAAGCCGUCAGUGUGGGAGAUAUCAGCUGGUGUUCCGUACGAGCCGCUGCUGAUCAAUUGCUUCCGUCGCGCUGCCAAUUACUGCUAUCGUGAGGUGGACGCACCCUCCCCUAAUGUGAACCGACGAGGGUCGCCUCCUGCCAUUCGAGCAUGCCUGUUGAAUGAGCGCACGUCCAUGCGAGAAUACGUGCACGACUUGAAGCUCAUGACGGCGGAAAACGAGUGGUUUGACAAACGUCCUCGUUCUUUCGGCUUUGUUGACGUGCCGCAAGUAAAAAAUGAGAUGCAGAAGAAUUCUCGGACAGCAUUUGAGAAUCCUGGACUGCUUAGCAACCGAUUUAGUCGAAACCAAGACGCACGACUAGUUUCGGGCACUGUUGAUCAAGAGCGCGCAAAUUUCUAUCUGUGGUCGCUUGAAAAGCAGCAACUGCGCGCUUCAAUGACACAAGCCAAUGCAUCGUGCUACGACGUAUGUGACGAGGCCCUAGCUAUUGGCUGCUCCGACGGCGCAGUCAAGGUUUGGAGCUUUUCGGCGCUAGAAAGUCGCAACCUCGAUACAACGCCGUUAGUGAAUGCUUCUCCCACCAUGUCAAUCUCCCACCGCUCCAGCCUAGGAAUGGUCCCUUUCAUCAGAACACGCGCAAAGGACAAGGUAGUAAAGGUCCGAGUCGACCACAACGAUGGCACUUUUCUACACUUAGCGACGUCAACAGAGAAAGGGGAAGCAAAUGUUUGGGAUGUCACGAAAGGAGAAAUUAUCGUGUCCAUUUCGUCCAGUAAAAUCCACAAGUCCAUGUUACCACGAUCACAGAGAGAAACAUGCCCGCAGAUUACGAGUUUGAUGCUGCUUCGUAACACGCUCGUAUGCGGCACAUCAUGCGGUCUCAUUCGUGUCUUCGAUUUGCGCAGCAGCCGACUCACACACCGACUCGCUGGGCAUCCAGGUGCUGUCGUCAAUGCAGAUACUAAAGGACGGGUUUUAUGGUCAGCUGGUAAUGAGGGUUCCGUACGCUGGUGGGGUGGAAAGAGCGCGAAGAUAUUGUCAAAAUCUGCCUUGUGCGAAGGUGCGAUCUCGGCUCUCGAGAUGGACGAGACUGUAGUUGUUGCAGGCUACUCAGAUCAGGGUAUGGAAGCUUGGGAUGUGCGAACCCAACAAUCUCUGUGUACAUUCAGCAAUCACGAACACGGUGGUGUUAAAGCGCUUCAGUUUGAUAACCGCAAGCUUGUUAGUGUGUCAUCAACCGGCAAGGCGGCGUUGUGGAGAUGGUACGAGCCUAAUCCUGUGCGAUGGUUUAAACCUCCAAAUCCCUCCGCACGCUUCGUCUCGACAAAGUUUAACGACCGGCACCUUGUGUUCGGUACCGACUGCGGAGAGCUUGUGGAUUACGACCGACUCGCCACGGUUAUGUAA